AUAGGUCUUCUGCAGUUGCCAUUAUUCUUAUGUUCUUUUAUUCUUUAUUACACCAGAAUCACACACCCACAGUCGCCCCGUGUGAAUAACCUCCCACGGUGGUGAAGUUAAUUGAUGUUUACUCCCCUUAACCUAUCUCUUUAUUUCUCUCACUUCUCUCACCCACCCUCUUCAGACCCUCCUGAGGUGCAUGUGGCUCCAGGCUCCUCCCUAGACCUCAACCACAUCAAGGAGGGAGAUGAUGUGUACUUCGACUGCCACAUCAAGGCCAGGCCAGAGGCACAUAAGAUCACCUGGACUUUUAACGGAAUGGAGCUCCAGCAGAACGUGAGUGGAGGGGUGAUGGUGGUGGGGCGGUCUUUGGUCCUACAGAAAGUCUCCAGGAAACAGGCAGGGAGCUACGCCUGCUCCGCCACGAACAACCAAGGAUCAAACACGUCUUCGUCCAUUCUCCUCUCUGUCAAGUACUCGCCCGUCUGCGGGAUGGAGCAAACAGAUGUGUACGGUGUGGGACGCCAUGAGAAGACUACUGUAACCUGCAGAGUGGAGGCUGAUCCUCCUGUAACCACCUACCGCUGGGCCUUCAACAACACUGGAGAGUUUGUGGACAUCCCCCACUCUCACUACGAUAUCAAAGGAGAUGGAAUCAAGUCACAGCGGUCGGACCUCCGCUACUCCCCAGUGAGCGACCUGGACUACGGCACCUUGCUGUGCUGGGCCACCAACGCCGUGGGCAUGCAGAGGACGCCCUGCACCUUCACCGUGUUCCCUGCAGGCAAGCCGGACGUCGUCACCUCCUGCAACGUCUUCAACGAGACGGAGGAGAGCGUGUCUGUGUCGUGCGAGCCAGGCUACAGCGGCGGCGUCGACCAGACCUUCGUCAUCGAGGCUUGGGACGACGGGGUUAUCAGAGCCACAGACAAAAGCGACACUCCCAUUCUUCAGCUCGCUGGACUACGACCCGGGACUCGCUACACGCUCAAAGUCUUCGCUAGCAACGCUAUGGGACGCUCGCUACCCUUCGUUUUCACCGCCUUCACCCUCACUGACGUGGCCGAGAGACGUACAGCCUUGGGAGCUGGUAAGCCCGGGGAGCCCCUAAGCCCUAUCGUAGGGUCUGUGAUCGGUGGGGUGCUGGCCGUGGCCCUGCUCCUUGUCAUCGCCCUGGUGGUAGCCAAAUGCAAGAGACGGAACGCACGAGAAGCCCACAGCCUGCGGGAGAGCAGCAGUGCAGGCGACGCCGCAGGCUACAAGUCCUGCGGGAAGGCCGAGACGAGGCAGGACUCCGGACUUACGGACACCACGGACACCCACGGACACUCUGGCCCAGACCUCGUCUCCGCCUCGCAAGAGUCGGCCAUGAUGACCCAUUCUCACGACUCCAGCACGCCUCUGAUUGGCAACGGCCGCGUCACUCAGGGAAAACAGGAACAGCUGUAUCCACCACAACAGCAGCAGCCGUAUCCACUACAGCAGCAGUAUUCCCCUCAGCAGCAGCAGCAGCAGUAUGUUCCGCAGCAGCACUACCCUGAGCAGCAGAAGCCGUCACACAUAGUGAUGGUAGAGGCCUCUCCAGCAGGGCAAGAAGUGCCGUACUAUCAGGAAGAUCUGCCUGUGGAAGGUGGUAAUAGUGGUGGUAGUUCUGGUUCGAUGCCGUACACGCCGCAGAAGGUCACUUACGUGCCCGUGUACGACUACCAGCACCUUCCCCAGCACAAGGCUGAGAGGGAGUGGGCGGUGAGUGAAGGAGUGUGGACUGGGACGCCCGUGACCGCCGUGACCAAAGACCAACCGGACAGUUCGCCUUUGUCUCCGUACGGGGUAGUGGACACCCGGCGGCAUUCUGCCUACCUGCGGCCACUGGACCAGCUUCCUGGCCAGCUGAGCCAGCUGCCCCCUCACCUGACAGAUCACCAGCUGGCUAGGCAGUACCAGCCGACGCCCCACCACCCACCACCCACCACCCCGAAGCUCUUUCAACCCACCUCGGAGCAUGAAAGUGCUGUGUAGUGGUGAUUGCGCAGGCGCUGGGGGUUUGGCGUGGCUGUGCACCAGUUAUGCGUUCUGGGUAACGCAUGGAUGGUACUUGUACUCUAUGUUGGAGUGUAAGGCUGGUUUUUGCAGUUUAAAGUGUGGUGCAGACGAGGAGUCACAAUAACGUGGUUAAAAUAUGUUGACCAGACCACAUACUAGAAGGUGAAGGGACGAGGAUGUUUCGGUCCGUCCUGGACCAUUCUCAAGUCGAUUGUGGUGCAGGUACUCGAGUGGUGGAGUGUUUAGGAGCAGGACUGUGGAGGGUGAGGUGCUGUGGAGUGCACUCAGCGCCACACCUCUCAGCCACACCAUUCAGCGGACAUAGAAGGAGCUGUGACCUCGCCUCAGCGCCACCCUCCUACCUCCAUAGAUAUCACUGGUGGUGUUUACAAACGAUCUUUCAUGGAGAUAAAACUCAGUUCUCUGAUAUCCAGGGAACAUAUUAUGUGUGAGUGUAUGAAUGAGUGUAUAAGUAUUAGCCUUGUAUGAUCUAUACAAGAUGAACAUUAUACCACGAAUUGUCAUGAUUUAACUGGUUAAACGCUAACAAUGAAAAACAUGAAAGUUCAACAGAAUAUUCUGGGGCUGAAACACACAUACGCCGCAGUUGCUAAUGUUAAAAAUACUACUUGAAACUAUAGUGAAAAACUAAUGAAAACUGUUGACAUUUCAGUGAUGUGUUAAGGAAAAUCAUGAUAUCUAGUCCUUGUGUCUAGUAGGUGUGUGACCUCAAGUGAAGAGUUCUUCUUCAGGAUGGUAAGAAUUCCCAGUUUGAAGACUAUAAGGUGUUAAAGGCAUCCAUUGAUUUAUUUUUGUACUUAUGUCAGGUGUAAUUCAUGUUUUCAAGUGUGUGCUAUUUUACCUGUGGAGCAAGUCAGCUAUUUAAAUCAAGAUAGAUGAGAUUUUAUUUACAGUGUAGAGAAAAAUAAGUGAUAGUUUGCAAGAGACUCUGAAGAAUUGCAGAAGCUAUUACAUGUAUUUGUGUGUGUGUGUGUGUGUGUGUGUGUUUAUGUGCGUGUGCUUGCGUGUAUGUGUUUGCGCGUGUAUGUGUGCGUGACUGCAUGUGUGCGUGACUGCAUAUGUGCGUUUGUUAGAUUAUACUUAAAUUAUUCAACUAUUCGUAUUAUUUAUUUUUCUAAGCCUUUGAAUCAAAAUAAAUAUCUUCAAUGUGUCAAAUUACUAACUUCAGUUCUCAAACUGAUCUCAUAUCACAAGAUCUCUCUCUCUCUCUCACACACACACACACACACACACACACACACACAACAUGGGUUCUGGACAGG